AUGGCUAAACUAAACUCAGAUUGUAUGGAUUUAGAAUCCAUUGCUCUUCUGUCAACUGCCAAAAUUCUUUCUGUUGAUGACUUUCUUUCAGCAGAUGUUGAUAAAAUUGUAAUGAAUUCCAAAUUGACUGCAGAGGAAGCUUUGCAGUUAAAACAUACUUUGACCAACAAAUAUUCAAGUUCCCUGCUAGUGCUUGGGACCUAUUCAGUAUAGAAGAUAAUUUGUUCUUAAAAACUCAUAUUGAGGGACUUGAUAAAAUAUUGUCUGGUGGAAUUUUAAAGGGGUCCAUUUUGGAACUUUGUGGCCCAUCUGGAUGUGGAAAAACUCAGAUUUGUCAUUCUUUAGCUGUGAACUGUGCUAUUAGUUCUGUAAUUGUGGAUUUCAUUGAUACCAAAGGAGAUUUUUCUGCUUCUCGGUGUAACAUUUUGCUUCCAGAUGGUUUGAAGGAUGAGGAAAUGGAUGAUAUUCUUGAUCGUAUUAAGGUAUAUUCCACACGAAAUAUUUAUGAACUAAUAUCUGUUUUGGAAAAAAUCCAUAUUAAUUUAAAAAGAGAUAAUGAAAGAAAGGAUAAACUUCUUGUCAUAGAUUCUAUAACUCUUCCUUAUCUUCCAUUUAUCGGUGUUCCUUCAAGUAAGGGUAUCAGCAUUAUUAAUUACAUUGCUUCCAUUUUAAAGCAAAUGGCAACGGAAUAUAAUAUUGUUGUUGUGGUUACAAACCUUGGAGUUAUAUUUAAUGAAAAUGAAGAAGAGCAAGUUGGGGCUAAUAUUCAGGAAGUCAAACCAUUAAUGGGUAAAUAUUGGCAACAUAUUCCAAAUACUAGGAUGGUAAUUACUCGUGAUGCAGAUACUGUUGAAAGAACGGUAAUUAUACAAAAAAGUGAUUACUUAGCAGUAAAUACAAGUACGACUAUAACUAUAUCUAGAACUGGUGUUUCAUGA